UUUUCACUUUUCAGCCUUGCGUUGUCUUCGUCCUCCUUCCAUGGCUUUCAGGAUCGUAAGGAGCUCCAUCAAUGUACUGGUUCCGUCGUCGGAGCCGCUGGUCAGAGCUAUUUCUCUCCGGCUGUCGGCGCUGUUCUGGGCGGCAAGGUUCCCUUCCUCGUCGCCGCUCUUCGCUAUUUUGAACGUCAAGCUCUCGCAAACUGUCUUUUCCUUCGUCUCUACGCUUCCGUUCACCGUAACUUUCCUCAUCGCCGGCAAAGCUUCCGUAAUCCACGUUGUGUUCGGUGGCCGAAGCAGGAGCCGACGGUCGGUUUCCGUUUCCCUCUCCCUCUUCCGCUCGGUCCUACUAACCUACCUGUUCAACUCCUUCCUUAUGCUCUCCGUCAACGCCGCCGUCUUCGCCGUCCUCUUCGUCGUGUUCAACGCCGCCGAACUCCUCGGCCUCAGUGACUCCGGCGGCGCCUCGCUCCCCCUCAUAUCCGCCGCGGGCGCCGUCCUCUACUCGGUGGUGAUUGCCAACGCGACGGUGGUCUGCGGCCUGGCGCUCGUCGUCUCCGCCGUGACCAACCGCGCCGGGGAUGUCCCGGUGCUGGAGGCGUGGAGGCUCGUCCGGCGGCGGGCCUCGACUGCGCUGGCGGUGGCGCUGCCGGCCAAUCUCUGCCUGUCCGCCGUGGGCCCUGUUCCGGCACCGGGUGGUGCGGCGUUACGAUGUUGCAGGGGAAUUGAGCUGGGCUCUGCUGUAUGAGGCGGUCUCCGUCGCUUAUCUCUACGCGUUGUUGCUAGUGCUCGAGGUCAUCAUCAACUGCAAGUUCUACGAAGCUUGCACAACAAUGGCGAUCGACGAUGAGCACGAUGAACACAAAGAAGAAUUGGAAGCAGAGGAGAAGGCUGCGGGUUUACAUAUAUAAAUCUUUGUAGAUUGGAUUUAAGCUUCGUCUAAAUUCAAAGAUAAUGAUGCAAUAAUUAGCUGUAAAUUCUUCCAA